AAAGAAUAGCCCUCCCUCUAGGUAUUGUUUUCUGGCUACUAGCGCUGGCAUGUCUGGUGUCUGGUGUUGCCAAUUAUGUCAAGACUGUCACGAGAUACAGCAAGCGCAUGGCUCUAGUCCAGUCAGGCUGGAAAACUGAGAUUGUCUUCACUGUAGUUGCAGUGUCCAUCGUCGCGGCAUGUGUGCUUUUCCUUUCAACAAACAAAGGUGAAAAGUCGUGAGAUUGUUGGCAUGCAUAGUGCUAUACCCUGGUCAAGCGAUGGACCCAAACACUCUACUUCACGCGUCCAGCGUGCUUGGACGAUCUCCAUCUUUGUGGUACUUAUAGGGGCGAAUGUCACCAGAUUAUACACGAUUUCUGAUCUUUGUCUCAUUCCACACAUGCCGUUCACACGCCCUGAGCCAUUCGAAAGCGCCGUCGAAGGCCCUGAGGCUGUCAAAUGCCGCAGGAGCAAGCGCAAACUACCCGAGCAACAGCUGUAUAUCCACCCAUCUCACAGGCAGCGCCGAGCGGCUAGGACAGCCACUGCCGGAGCUACCUGUGAGCAACCCAAAUAUUUCCGAAUAUUCAGUCUCCCUCUUGAGCUUCGGGAGAUGAUAUACAAGCAUCUGGAUGGCAUUAUCCAAUGUCCCCGCCUAUGCAAGAACAGCCGAAACGCGAAUCGCAACAUCUACACCAUGGACCAAGACGACAAAGCGCGCAAGCAGUCUCAUGUGACAUUAUUCUACGCCUUCAGCCUCCCAACGUUCGCGCGAGUCAACAACCAAGCUCGAGAGGAGAUCACAUACCUCUUUCUGCGCUUGAACACUUUCGCUGUCGAGUUCCAAGCCUGCAGCUGGAGAUUCUGGAAGACGUUUGGCAAGUUCCGCUUGGGCCAGUUGGAAGAGCCGUGUGCCUGUACGAAGGCAUACCGGGCGCGCAUUCGUCGCAGCAGCGAGCUGCAGCGCACGAGACCCCACGAACGACUAUGCGAGGAUAUACGGCGGGAGUACGCCCGGAAGCUGCACAGUGACAUGAUCAAUGAGAUUCACUACAGCUACCUGUUCAUUCGUCUUAGUCGUGACGGCCGGAGUCUGAACCUCGCAACCAGCACGAAGCUGGACCAGUUGGAGGUGGACAUGAUCAAUAGAGUCGCGAAUAAUAUCGUGCCAUCAAAAGUGGGAGUAAAGCAGCGCAUUCGACCACAAGACCUUUGGAAGUUCAUCUGCCUCUUUAAGUCCUGGGAUCGGUACCUCAGGGAUGAGUCUGGACCGGCGCAGCGUAACUACCGUGAGCCCUUCCCCCUGAACCCUAGUUAAUGACAAUGAUGAACGCAGAAAGGAGCUAGAAGCACUUGCUUGGUCAGAUCUCGUGGUUGUUUCCGGGGCAGCAGACUUGGGCAAACAGUCUACGUACCUCACAUGUAUUGUAAAAAAUUUAUUUCGAGUCAUACCACAUACGAU